UUCCACAAAAAUGACCUACUCAAUAAUCCUCUCAACUGCUACCAUCAUACUCUUGGUUUGUCUCUCUCCCCUCACCACCACCACCACCACCACGGCCGCUGACACGACCGUCCUUGACAUCGAUGGCCACCCUCUUCAAGCGGACACUAACUAUUACGUCCUCCCAGUGAUCGGAGGCCAAGGCGGAGGCCUAACUUUGGUGCGUAAAAACGGUACUGAAUUAUGCCCACCCGCCUACGUAGGUCAAGAUAACCUCCAAGUCUCAAAUGGCCGGCCUACCUCUUAAGUUCUAUCCCGUUAACACUCAAUACCAAAAAAUCCCACUCAACACUGACCUUAACGUCGUAUUUGAUGUCGCAACCAUAUGCGUGGAAUCAACAGUGUGGAGGUUGACCGAGGGCGAGAUGAGUGAAGGUUUAUAUGUAGGGAUAGGGGGUACAAUUGGUAACCCAAGCAUACAGACCAUUAGUAAUUGGUUUAAGAUAGAGAAAGCCAGAAAUGGGGAAUAUGAUUACAAGUUUGUGUUUUGUCCAGGUGUUUGUGACUUUUGUUUGCCGUUGUGUGGUGAUAUUGGUGUUUUCAUACAACAAGAUGGGAGGAGAUUGUUGGGUUUACGGAGGGAUGAUCAGCCUCUUUUGGUUAACUUCAUCAGAGCUUGAUAAAUCCCCGUCACAAUAAAAAUAAAAAUAAAUCAAAGCUUGAAAUAUUACUUUAUUGGAAUAUUACCUUUACGUUGUUGGUCAAGUAUCUCCAUUUUAAGUUUCAUGCGUUACUCUAUCUCAGCUCCGUUUUAAAUAAUGUCAUUAUCAUAUGAAUAAAAUUCUGAAUUUCUGCGAAAUACUCCCUACCACUCCCUACAAGAUUUCCCCAUAUAAUAUUUUUCACUUUAUUAAGUAUAAUGCAAAAUGAAAGCAUGUAGGUAAGUUGAUAGUUUGGUCUUUUUGCUAAUUUAAAUAAUAGAAUGUGAGAGUAAAUAUGUGAAGUUGAUAGUAGGUGUGUUCUAUUCACUUGAUUUUCACUUAAUUUUACUAAACUUAUCUAAACUUAUUAAAACUUAUUUUAGUGAUACUCUUAUUUUUCCUUAAUUUAUUUUAUCUGAACUUAUUUACUGUGAAAUAAGGUGAACAUAACAUAGCCUAAUUUGAUUCAUAAUUUUCUCGAUAAAGCCCGAGGCCACGGGCAUACUUACAUAAAACAACUCUCUUAAAUCCAUUUAUCAAAAUAAAUGAAAAACAUUGAUUUGUGAAGCGAAGGAAGUAAAACUAAUAAGAUACAUAUACGAAUUAUAUGAUUAUUUGCCAUGUUGAUAGAUGGCAGAUUAUUUGUAUGAUUGUGGAUAUAGUUUUGAUUUUUCUAAUUCUUUUUUAUCAAUAUACUCUAUUUCAUUUCUGUUAACGCCACAUAACUUACACCAACAAGAAACGCGCAAAGUUUUCUAUAAAUUUAAUCAAAAGCUAAGCAACAAUUUUAAUAUUUUAUUCUAGACAAUUUUGUUUUGUUCGCGUGUCCCUUAUUUUUAAGAACGUAUUUCCAGUGCAACCUCAUUGAAUUGGCCACUUAUCCCCAAAUCAAAGUAUAUACUCAAAUUCUUACGCAACAAACCAUUUUCAAUUCAUAUUAUAGUAAUAAUUAUUGUUUUUUCAAACCUUCAAUAAGAUUAAAAAAACAAGUGUAACGUUCAAAUUAGUAAAUUCAGUCCAACACUCCAAUUAUUGACAAUAACGUGUAAGUAGUUUACCAUUUUCUACACCUUAUCUUGUGUUCAUAAUCCCAUUAACACUUUCUAUAUAUACCCACUUCUAAAUCCUUAAUUAUUUCUCAUCCCACAUUUAAUUUAUCCACGACACUAAAAGUCAAACAACCCCAAAAUUUCACAAAAUGACUCACUUUAUCCUCUCAACUAGCAUCAUCUUCCUCUUCUUCUCCCUAUCUCUUCACACCACAACCGCUGCCAACCCGGCGGUGCUCGACAUUGACGGCCACCCUCUUCUUUCCAGCUCCAACUACUACAUUCUCCCGGUAGUCCGCGGCCGAGGCGGGGGACUUACAGUAUCACCAAGAAACGCCACUGAACUAUGUCCACUCAACGCGGCCCAAGAUAGCCGUGAAGUCGAAGAUGGCAUACCUCUUGAGUUGUACCCGGUCAACCCUAAUGACAGAACAGUUUAUGUCUCUACUGAUCUUAACUUAGUCUUUGAUGCCGUCCCUCUCUGCGUGCCAUCUGGCCCGUCCUUUAUUUGGCAGUUAACCUUCGACGAAGCCACCGGAAGGCGGUACGUGGGGUUCGGAGGACAAACCGGGAAUCCAGGCAUCGAAACGGUUAGUAAUUGGUUUAAGAUACAGAAGGCCGGAAGUGGAAGGUUUGAUUAUAAGAUUGUGUUUUGCCCUAGUGUUUGCAACACUUGUAAGGUGAUGUGUGGAGAUGUUGGUGUUUUUGUUGAGGGUGAUGGGAGGAGAUUGUUGGGUAUUAGAGAGCAACCACUUUUGGUUAGGUUUAAGAGAGCUUAAAAUGGUUGGAGUGGUAAAUAUUACAUGCAUAUGCAAAAUCUUGUAAAGUUAUUUAAUGGGUUGGAGACCCUUAGCUUGGAGUGUAAUGUGUAAUGUGUAAUUUUACUUUUUUUUUUUAUUUUUUUUUUUAUAUGGAUAUGUCGAAGUGAUGAUCUUGUAAUAAUAUAGAUGUGAUGAGUGAUUUUGUAAUGAAAUAUAAAAAUAAAAUAUUAUACCGUGUA